AAAAAAGGUGGAGAAACUGGGAAGGAGGGUGGUGGUCGAAGCAAGUAUCUUCUUGGAAUUAUAUAGGGGAGAAAGGAGGUAAGUGGCCUGUAUCCUAACUCCUCCCUGGACCUCUGCACAGCUCCUGAUGGUUGCACCAGCUGCUCAGCUGUAAACAGGCUCACAUGACCAGUUUCACAUGGAGCCGGGUAGUGUGGCGAUAGAGCUGUAAAGGCUGGGCCCCAAGCAGGUGGGGCAGAAGUCUUAGGGAGGAAGGUUUUAGCCCCUCCCUAGACCUCAGCCCUUAAUCUUCUGUUGUUUCCCUCUGAGGAAAGUAACUGACAUUUGUCUUUCUCCCACUGAAGUAGCAUUGCUGUCCCAGAAGGAAACUUCACUUGGGAAAGCCACAGGGCACAUAAGAAGUGCAAAGGGUCCUAGUCUUCUGUCCUUUAAGAAAAUCAUUAGAGAAAGUAACCCUGAAAAAUUCAAGUUCCUAAAUUUUGCCUAAAAGGCAGCCCUGUUCUUUUGGAACACUUUUUGUUCUUAAUGUGAAUUCCAGACAGAAGGAAAAAGUCUACUUUUUCGGGAAAGGCACACAUGGGGUUUAAUACAUCCCUAGUGACGAAAAUCUUGUCCAUACUUCCUGUAAGUAUUUGGAAAUCUCUUUGUCUAUAAAAUGCUACUUUCAGGAAAUUGAGUAAGGGGUGGACAGUCGGCUUUUCAAUUACAAUUACACAUAUAUGUCAUGUAUUUGGUACAGAUCAGUGGUAAGUUUGGACACCAGGAAAUGUGACCAACUGUGUCUUUAAAGUUGUUCAUCUGUAUUCUUAAACAGGGUGUGAGAUUAAACUGGUUUCUGAAGGAUACAUAGAAUUCACAGAGCAACAUAGGUUUCCUGAUGGAUUGCCAAAAUGCUUUGGAGUUUUUAACUGAAUCUAAGAAAGUCCAAAAUAGACUUGAGACUGUAAAGACAGAAGCUGCAGCAAGGGGGAUACAGUGCCAAUGCAUCAACAAAAAAGACAACCAGAGUUAGUGGAAGGGAAUCUUCCUGUCUUUGUGUUUCCCACGGAGCUAAUAUUUUAUGCAGAUGAUCAGUCAACACAUAAACAAGUGUUGACUCUGUACAAUCCCUAUGAGUUUGCCUUAAAGUUCAAAGUUUUGUGUACGACUCCCAAUAAGUAUGUUGUCAUUGAUGCUGCUGGUGCAGUGAAGCCACAGUGCUGUGUGGAUAUUGUCAUUCGUCAUAGAGAUGUUCGAUCCUGUCACUAUGGUGUGAUAGACAAAUUCCGUCUCCAGGUUUCGGAACAAAGCCAGAGGAAAGCCUUAGGAAGGAAAGAGGUUAUUGCUACUCUUCUCCCAUCUGCGAAAGAACAACAAAAGGAAGAAGAGGAGAAGAGAAUAAAGGAGCACUUAACCGAGAGUGUAUUUUUUGAGCAGUCCUGUCAACCAGAAAACAGAGCAGUCUCUUCAGGACCUAGUUUGCUAACUGUCUUCCUGGGAGUGGUAUGUAUUGCGGCCCUGAUGCUGCCUACUCUAGGGGAUAUGGAAUCGCUGGUGCCUCUCUACCUCCACUUAAGUGUGAAUCAAAAAUUAGUGGCUGCUUAUAUCUUAGGUCUUAUCACAAUGGCUAUACUUAGAACAUGAACAAGAAUUAAAACUGACUUCUGAAGUAAAUUUAUCUUAAAAUAUGAAUGUGGACUGCCUUUUAUCUCUUCCACUCCAUUAACACACUACAAAUUAUGGAAUGAUUAUAAAUAACUGCAAAUGUAUAAUAUAUAUUUUCAAUUAGUCUAUAAUUUUAUUUGAAGGACUGUAGCACUUUAUGUUACAGACAACAAAGAUACUUCUGAGCGAUUGAUAUCUAGGAAAUUAUUUGAAGACAUUCUUUUAAACUCUAUACCUAUUAUGCAAAUAACUUUAGUUCAAUGUUAUUGUUCUUCUUUUGAUUUCCAAGUCACUUUGAUAUAAGGGUCAUGGGUCCUUCAAAGUUUAAGGCCUAAAUGAGCAACUGAGCUGAUUGAACAUAAAGUGACAUUGCCUAGACACAAGCACCGACAUUACUAUGUAAAUCAUAGACUUCCUCCUAGCAUUACAAGGAGUUGCUGCCAGGUUUCUUAAGCGAAUAUAUUAUAGUCAGUGUGUGAGGGGGUUGGAAACAUAAGGUACUUACUGAGGGAUCAUGCUUACCCUGGACUCGUGACAGAAGACAAGAUGUUUUAAAAUUAUCUCGUGAACUGCAGGACAGGCUGUCGUUCAGACAACAGGCCCCUCACAGAAGUAGAUUGCUUUCCCUAUUUGGCCUGAGAGUUCUAAAGAAAGGUAGGCAUUUUUAAAAUUAUUUGGUUCAUCCUGGUUUUACUUCUGGUUAAUCCUUAAUGUAUUAAGGGGAAAAUCACUUUUUGGUUUUCUCCCAAGUCCCUUGCUUGCCUGAGUGUAAGUGACUCACCCUGGUUAGGAAUGUCAGAUGACAAUUAGUUUCUGAGGACAUGACUUUUUUUUUUUCACUUUCAAACUCUUAAGCCAAGUAGAGAAAGCCCUAAAUACCCGUGUCUAUUUUAUAUCAGUCACUGGGACGUUUUUUAAGUUUUUAUUUAUUCAAGUAAAUUUACCAAAAAAAAAAAAAAAGCCCCCUAAGCACAAUGACUUCCAUUUCUUGACAGUGUUCUCUGGCGUCUAAACUGUGUGUUUAACUGUUGUCACAGCAACUGAUCUUCCUCUUGGGAUUUUUAUCUGAAAGCACAAUGCAUCAAGUCUCUUGAAAAUCGAAUUCUCUUGUAGCUCUUUUUAUGGAAUAAACUUUAUGCACUGCUAACGUAACAUUCUCAAGGAAUAGACGUAAACACAAAUGUAUGCCUGAAGCUGAUUUUUUUGGGGGGAGGGGACAGGAAACGAUACUCUGCUUCUAGAAGCUUUUUGUUUAGUAUUUCAUAAAUCAUUGUUUAACCAUUUGUGUGGAGCAUAAACUAUUCAGUGGAUCAUGUCUGUACAUUGUGUAAUGACUGAAAAGCACAUAAAUGGAAUCGACUUUGAACUCAAAAAGAA